CUCACACACAUUUUCUCUCCCUCUCACACUCACACCCUCUCUCUCACACACACUCAUAACCUGUGUGUGUGUCUCUCUCUCUCUGACACUGCCCCCCCCCUCCCCCUCCCCCUCCCUCUCUCUGUGACCGCGUCUCCCGUUCGCCGCGGGUGCGGUUCGAGCCGCUCAGCGGCAGCUGCGACGCGGGGAACCGCACUGAAUCCUCAACCGGGCAGGUCAGAAUCAAUUGGAAUGGAGCCAAGAUUCAACUUCAUACCUCCAGCUUCUGACCUUUUGCCACCCUUUGCAAGAUAUCAGAAGGUCCACUACCCCAGCCUGACGGACAGACUCUGAACGAUGGACAUUCCGUGGACACAAGCCCUACAUCGAGGUUGCUGUUGCUCUAGGAGUGAAAGCAAAGACUUGUAGUUACAGAAUAUCUUUGACGCCAUGAGGAUGUUUGAAACUGCCCUGCACCCCAAUUAAAUGCAAUGAAAGUGUAAUCAUGUGGGAAAUGUAAAAGCUGUUUUAUGCACCGCAAGAUUACACAAUUUGAGUAGAUAAUCCCUUUUCAAUAAUGUUGAUUCUCUAUUAAAUAUUGGCCAGGAGGUCAUACAUAAAUGCCUUGCUUUUCUUCAAAAUAGUGCCAGAUCUUUUACAUUCAGCUGAGAAGGUAGACCAAACGUGUCAGUUAUGUAUUAUCCAAAAGAUGACAUCUCUGUACUCCCUUAGUCUUGCCCAAGAGUGUCAGCCAAGAACUUGAACCACAGUUCUGUGAAUCGAGAGAACUCUGGUGAAACAAAAUGUCUAGCAAUCUUCUGGAAUUAAUCAAAAAUCUAGACACUCUUUAAGGAAAUCAGGAGCAAGUGAAAGAAAAUGUUUUCAUUUUCCUUGAAUACUUCUGUUUAUUAGUAAUUAAAAGUAUUGGAAUUGGGGAGAAAGACUUGGUACAGAGAUAAUAUGAUAAAACUCCAAGAAAUACAUGUAAUCAGAGUGGUCAACCCUAAACCAAAUGCCAUGCAUGCUCUGUAGUAAGCUCUUGCCUCACUGAUGUUGAACUGGCGAAGUCGGGCCUCAUUGAAGUCUUGAUUACACACAAAGCCUUUAAGAACUGGUUCAGAACUUGUUCUGCAGAACGUUGAUUUCCCCAUUUACAGUGAGAACAUGUUGGAUUUUGAGCCGUGAUUCACUUUGCACUCCUCAGCUCUGCAGCUAAGUAACUGACUCACUACCAAUUCAACACCAGCUUUGAGCGUAGAGUUAGGAAAAGAUCACCAGCCCAGCCUUCUUCAUUGUGAACCUUUGUGCAGGACUAUUGAAGAUGCAGAUGUCAGCCUCUGGUAUUCAUGGCUCUUCAGUAAGGCAGAGGGUGACCCUGAGCCUUGUACCCCUUGUUGCUGUCGUCCUUACAGUCACCGCCAUCUUCAGAAAUGAACUUCUAGAUGCGUUGAGUUGGUUGAAGAGACCAGUAGACAGGACAUCAGACUCCUGUCCAUCUGGCUACUUCUGGCUGGGAGGAAUGAAGAAUUGCUUCCCCUGGUUAUCCUGUGAAAUGAUACAGAACGAGGUUGCUGUGAUGGAGCUAAUUGGACAAGGUGCUGUUAAGCAGGUUUUCCUUGCAAACUGGAGGGGAAAUAAAGUGACUCUCUCUCGACUUGCUGCCUCUGAAUUCAGCGAUGACUUCUUUCAUGGGUUAGAGAUGCUGAAAGGUUUGCAAAGUUCAUACGUGGUUCAACUGCUGGGAUACUGUGAAGAGGAUCCCACUAUCCUCACAGAGUAUCACCCGCUGGGGUCACUAGCCAAUGUUAAUUCAGUUUUGGAACAGGAGGAGCACAGUGACUUUAAUACGUGGGAAGUUCGAUUCCAUUUAGCUCUUGAAUAUGUGAGGUUUCUGCAUUAUCUGCACCACAGCCCAUUGGGUACCCGUGUUAUGUGUGAUUCCAAUGACCUGACAAAGACCUUGUCCCAGUAUUUGUUAACGACAGACCUGCAUGUGAUAGCCAAUGAUCUGGAUGCUCUCCCACUAGUGAAUCGAAGUGCUGGUGUUUUAAUAAAAUGUGGUACCCGGCAGCUCCAUGGUGACUUUGUGGCUCCAGAACAGCUUUGGCCAUUUGGCGACAAGCUUCCAUUUUCUGAUGACCUCAUGCCUCCAUAUGACGAGAAAACAGAUAUUUGGAAGGUUCCGGAUGUUACGGAUUUCUUGCUGGGCCAAGUUGAAGGAAGUGACGUGGUCAGGCUUCAUUUGUUCCAUUUGCAUCAAGGCUGCAAGAGAAAUAAGCCGCAGCUUCGCCCAUCAAUGCUGAACGUUGUGCAAACUUACAAAGCUGUUUAUGAUUCACUGAUACAGGAAUCAGAGCUGAUUGGUAUUCACAGUGAGACAUUACGUGAAUUAUAAUAAAUGUUGAGAUUUUGCUCUUGAAGGAUGCUGUAAUUCACCUCAAAUAAAAUCCCUUCGA